AAUAGAUCCGGAACUCGGGGAGAAGUAAACCCGUGGCGGUAACAGUGGAAGCGAAGUCCGUUUUCCUACUCAUAGCUCCUUUCCCUUACCUCCCGCCUGCAACUUCUAGGGUUUCUGAUUUCUUCUGUGAUUCUUGCACAUAUAUUUAUUCGGGCAUUUUUGGAACCUGGAAUAUUCUUCUGUAGUACUUUGAUUUUAGCUUUGAGCUUCUUUGGUCGCAGUGUAGGGGAAUUACUUCCUUUUCCCCUUAUUUGUUUUCGAGAUCUCAUUAAUUUAUUAGGAUUGGUUAGGGCUGGGGGAAGUUUUGUUGCGGAGAUUGUGGCUAGAUUUGUUCGUUUUUAAGGCGUGUUUUGAUUUUUAUAAUUUGUUAGGUGUUUCUUUUUUGGAAAUUUUUUAGAAUUCUUUUGGGGGAUUUUAGAAGUUUGGAUUAGGAUUUUGUGUCAGUUCUGGAAAGGUAGGAAGAUCCGCGCAAGGAGUUUAUUUGUGUUUUGAAUUGCUGGGAGGGGUUGGGAAGUGAAAUCGGAUGGCUUCUAUGGAAAUGCCGAGCCCUGGAACCCCUAACUCUCGGAAGAAGACGGCGACGGAGAGAACAGCACCGAUCGCAAAGAGGAAGACAACGCCAGAGAAACCGUUGGCGAUCUCGAAGAAGAAGGCUGCUCCGCAGAAGACCUUCGGGCAGCAGAAGAAGGGGCCAUCGGCGGAUAGGCUCAAUACAAAGUCUCGAGCUGGUCCUAGUCUCCAGUCUUUGCAAUCCUUGCCGAGCGACUUCAGAUUCACGGGUGGAUCUCUGUCCGAGGAGAGAGCGGAAGCUGUUAAUCUCGAUAUUGUUUCCGAAGGCAAGCAGGAUAUCAAUGUUGGAGGUAAUACAGAAGCGAAAAAUAUUGUAACGUGCAUGGAAGAGGAAGGUGCUAAUUUGUGUGUGUCGGCGGAGGAGGAUGUGGAUGGAUUUAUUAAGGUGAACGAUGAAUCGCCGUAUAGUUCAAUAUCUACUGCGGACGAGAGGCCUUUGCAAGAUGACGAGGAGUUGAUAUCAUCUCCGUCAUGUUUGCCGGAAAGCUUUUUGUCUCGGAUUGAUUCCAGAUGGAGUGAUACCAGCGCUUAUGGUUCGAAGAAGAAACUUCAUGCUUGGUGCCAACUUCCAAGUGGAGAAUGGAUCUUAGGAAGGAUAUUGUCUACUACAGCAGCAGAAUCUGUUAUUGCUCUUCCAGAGGGGAAAGUAUUAAAGUUGAAAACAGAGAGCAUUUUACCUGCAAACCCAGAAAUACUCGAUGGGGUAGAUGAUCUAAUGCAACUUAGUUAUUUAAAUGAACCAUCUGUGCUCUACAACUUACAAUACAGAUAUGACCGAGACAUGAUCUAUACUAAAGCGGGCCCAGUACUGGUUGCUAUCAAUCCAUUUAAAGAAGUUCAACUAUAUGGAAGUGAUUAUAUUGAAGCAUAUAGGUCCAAAUCUAUAGACAAUCCACAUGUUUAUGCUAUUGCAGAUACAGCAAUACAUGAAAUGAUAAGAGAUGAAGUCAAUCAGUCUAUAAUUAUAAGUGGCGAGAGUGGAGCUGGGAAAACUGAAACAGCAAAGAUUGCCAUGCAAUAUUUGGCUGCUCUUGGAGGAGGUACCGGGAUGGAAUAUGAAAUUUUACAAACAAAUCCAAUUCUUGAGGCCUUUGGGAAUGCAAAAACAGCAAGAAAUGAUAACUCUAGCCGCUUUGGAAAGUUAAUUGAAAUUCAUUUCAAUCCUAGUGGAAAGAUUUCUGGUGCCAAGAUUCAAACUUUUUUACUUGAGAAGUCAAGAGUUGUCCAGUGUGCACAUGGUGAAAGGUCUUAUCAUAUUUUUUAUCAACUUUGUUCUGGUGCUUCAAAAGCUCUUAGAGAGAAGCUGAAUUUGAGAUGCGUGGAAGAGUACAAAUAUCUGAAGCAAAGCGGCUGUUUUGUAAUUAAUGAAGUCAAUGAUGCUGAAAGGUUUCAUUCUGUUAUGGCAGCUAUGAAGGUUGUCCACAUCCGACAGCAAGACCAAGAUAAUGUCUAUGCGAUGCUUGCUGCAAUUCUAUGGUUGGGUAAUGUCUCUUUUACUGUGAUUGACAAUGAGAACCACGCCGCAGUUGUUGCAGAUGAAGCUGUGCAAACUGUAUCCAAAUUACUUGGUUGUGAUAUUCAGCAUUUGAUGCUGGCUUUAUGUACUCGUAAAAUGAAAGUUCGAAAUGAUACUAUUGUCCAAAAACUCACAUUGACUCAGGCAAUUGACACGAGAGAUGCACUGGCAAAGUCGCUGUAUGCUAGUUUGUUUGAAUGGCUUGUGGAACAAAUUAACUUGUCACUUGAAGUAGGAAAGCGGCGAACUGGAAGAUCAAUCAGUAUUCUUGAUAUAUAUGGUUUUGAAUCUUUUGAAAGAAAUAGCUUUGAACAGUUCUGCAUAAACUAUGCUAAUGAGAGACUGCAGCAACAUUUUAAUCGUCAUUUAUUCAAACUAGAACAGGAGGAAUAUAUCCAAGAUGGCAUAGAUUGGGCAAAGGUUGACUUCGAGGACAAUCAGGAUUGUUUGAAACUUUUUGAGAAGAAACCAUUAGGUUUAUUGUCUCUUUUGGAUGAGGAAUCUACAUUUCCAAAUGGUACAGAUCUGACAUUUGCAAACAAGCUCAAACAGCAUCUUCAUUCAAAUUCUUGCUUCACGGGAGAAAGAGGCAAAGCUUUCACUGUUAGGCAUUAUGCAGGAGAGGUAGCAUAUGACACAACUGGUUUUCUCGAAAAGAAUAGGGAUCUACUACACAUUGACUCUAUUCAACUUCUGGCUUCUUGUUCAUGUCAUCUUCCUCAAAUAUUUGCAUCAAGAAUGCUUACCCAAUCUGAUUUACAAGAAGGCAGUCCCUAUCGUUCUAGUGUUGUGGAUUCCCAAAGGCAGAGUGUUGCGACGAAAUUCAAGGGGCAACUUUUUCAACUAAUGCAAAGGCUUGAGAGCACUACCCCUCACUUUAUACGCUGCAUCAAGCCAAACAACUUGCAACUUCCUUCGACUUAUGAACAAGGUCUUAUACUUCAGCAGUUGAAGUGCUGUGGAGUCCUUGAAGUUGUUCGUAUAUCCAGGUCUGGUUAUCCUACGAGGAUGUCUCACCAAAAAUUUGCGAGAAGAUAUGGUUUCCUUCUUCUGGAAAAUGUUGCUUCUCAAGAUCCUCUCAGUGUGUCAGUAGCGAUUCUUCAUCAAUUUAAUAUUCUUCCUGAAAUGUAUCAAGUUGGCUACACCAAAUUGUUUUUUCGUACAGGACAGAUCGGUUCGCUUGAGGAUACCAGAAAUCGUUCUCUUCAUGGCAUUUUAAGGGUUCAGAGUUGUUUCAGAGGCCAUCAAGCUCGUCUCUAUGUGAAGAAACGUAGGAAUGGAAUUAUCUUUAUGCAGUCAUUUAUUCGAGGUGAAAAGACAAGGCGAAUAUUUUCAGACCUUGUACAAAAACACAGAGCUGCUAUUGUUUUACAGAAACAUGUAAAAUGCCAAAUUACCAGGAAACAUUAUAUGAACAUUCGUAAUGCCACACUUGUUAUACAGUCUGUUAUUCGUGCACGACUUGCAAGAAGGUGCUCUGGAGACAGUUUAUCCUAUUCCGCUGGGCCAUUUGAUGUAACAAGGGAAUCCGAUCCCGGCCAAGUACAAAUCAAAGCAUCCGUUCUUGCCGAGCUGCAAAGGAGGAUUCUGAAGGCCGAAGUCAAUCUCAGGGAGAAGGAAGAGGAGAACGAAGUACUUCACCAGCGACUUCACCAAUACGAGAAUCGCUGGACGGAAUAUGAACAGAAAAUGAAAUCCAUGGAAGAGUUGUGGCAGAAACAGAUGAGAUCCUUACAAUCCAGUCUCUCCAUCGCAAAGAAAAGCCUCGCCAUUGAUGACAUGGAGCGAAGGUCCGAUGCUUCUGUCGAGCAGAGUUGGGACAGCAGUGGCAACCAAAAUGGGGCCGAUAGUGGUCCUCGACCCGCACUUCGCUUGACAGGCAGAGAUGUGAUGGCGGGCCUCAAAACCAUCAGCCAUUUGACAGAAGAAUUCGAACAGCGAGCGCAGGUUUUCGCUGAUGAUGCAAAGUUUCUGGUUGAAGUGAAGUCUGGACAGGCGCAGGCGAGUUUGGAUCCAGAGAAGGAGCUGAAGAAGUUGAAAUUGUCGUUCGAGUCUUGGAGGAAAGAUUACAGCCUUCGGCUACGAGAAACCAAAGUUAUAAUUAAUAAGCUGGGGAGCGAUGAACCGGGCACGCCGAAGAAGAAAUGGUGGGGGAGGUUGCAUAGCUCCAAGCUCAUGUAAAUAUAUGGAAUGGAAGUGGAGGG